AUGCCUGUUGGCAACGAUGGCAACUUUUCUGACAGAGGCCAGCGAACAUACUCUGUUGUGUUGGAAAUGCAGCAUAUUCUUGUGGAAGGUCUCCUCGACCUCAGACUCUUCAAAGGCUCAAAUGGCAGCAUUCUGCGCGUUGGAAUCUGCGCAGCCUUUUUCCCUUACGGAAUUGGACAUUCGCUCGGGAUGGACGUGCGCGUGUCCCGAGUCGGAGUGCAAGUAAACCACCAAACCGCGAUUAUUGUUCGACUGACUGCUGAGUUGGGCAAUGGGGAUCUACUUCCCUGGUCUCGUCACUACAUUUACACCGCCCUGCUCAGCCCCACAAUCAACGUACGACUUACAAAAUUUAGUAGCUACUAG